GUCUGGUUUUCUUUCUUUCCCUGUAGACCAUGGAUUCUUACCACACACCGCAGUCGAUUCCCAGACGAAGCGCGUCCUCGAGGCCGAAGGAGCACUGCCUGGGCGCCACCCCGCUGCAGAGACGGCUGGAGUCCGUGCGGAAGCAGGCGUCCCGCGCCCCGGCCUCGCCUCCGCGGAGGGUCCCCCAGCGGCGGUCGCAGUUGCGGGAAGACGUUGAUCCUCAAAAGGUUGCAUUCCUUCUGCAUAAGCAGUGGACUCUAUAUAGUUUAACGCCCCUGUAUAAAUUCUCCUACACUAAUCUCAAAGAGUACUCGAAACUCCUGAGCGCAUUUAUUGCUGCUGAAAAGCAGAAAGGACUCGCUGUGGAAGUGGGCGCAGACCUGAACAUCAGAGUGAGUUUCUCCGCGCUCCGGGGAGUGAAGGGCACGCACAGAGACCCUGACGCAGUCCUCGUCCAGAUUCUGUCAAAAUCUCCAUUGCCGUCUGAGAGCGGAGAAGUCAAAGUGCUGUGGACCGGCUGGUUCUGCUGUGUGUUUGGAGACAGCCUUCUGGAGACCGUUCCGGAAGACUUCACCUGCCUGCCCUUGUUCCUGGCCAGCGGAGCAGAGACCAGCACCGCCCUCGUUGGAACCUGGUUUCAGAAGACUUUUGACUGCUCUUUCAGCCCCUUAGCCAUCAAUGCGUUUAAUCUUUCCUGGAUGGCGGCUAUGUGGACCGCGUGCCAAGUGGACCGCUACGUGGCCACCACGGAAUUCCUCUGGUCCGUACCCUGUAGCCCUCAAAGCCUGGACAUUUCUUACGCCAUACAUCCGGAAGAUGCCAAAGCUCUGUGGGACAGUGUCCACAGAGCCCCUGGGGAAGUCACCCAGGAGGAAGUGGACUUAUUCAUGGAGUGCCUGUGCUCACAUUUCCAUAGGCAUUUCAAAAUCCACUUAUCGGCCACACGACUGGUUCGCGUUUCAACAUCUGUAGCUUCAGCCCACACUGAUGGAAAAAUAAAGAUUCUGUGUCAUAAAUACCUUAUUGGAGUGUUGGCAUAUUUGACAGAACUGGCCAUUUUUCAAAUCGAGUGAGGCCUUGUGGGGACUAUAUGUUAUGGAUUAUAUACCUUCUUGAUCGUUUGCCUAGCUGCUGUGCUGAGAGGGACCUUGGGGAAAGACGGGCCCAUCUGCACCUGUGUCCUCACAGCGCCUUUGCAGGUGCCCAGAAGGGAACCGAGCACAACAUCCCGAAGAACAGGGGGUGGCGGGGGGCGAACCCCAGCCAGCUGCUCCUGGAACAGCCACGGUGCUCGGGGCGCCCGUCUCUGCAAAAGGCUGAGUGUGAUUUGUUGUCUAUCUUCCUACGAAAUACGUAAUGUUUAUUAUAUCAGCUUUUAGAGUUCAAAUGAGUUACCUCUGAUAUUCAGUACUUCUGAUUUGUGUCUGUAAAACUUUUAACCCCUUGUAAGCAUUUUAGACUUGCGUUCAGAGAGAGUUUCUGUCUUGCAAAGACAUUCUCCUAGCACCAUUUUGCCGGAGAGGACUUGCAAUCAAAAAGGCGUCUGCAAAGGAAACUAAAGAUGAGUGUAGGUUUUUAAAGCCACUAAUAUGCCUCUCUUUUUAAUAUUCUGUCCUAAUUGCAACGUUGAAUUAAAUAGUCACUUUUAAAC